UGUUAUAAUCUCUCAUGAAGAGUAUUGGUAUAAUCCACAAUGAAUUUCAACGACGAUCCACUGGCUGAACUGCUCAGCGAUAAUAGCCUGGAUAAUGACAACUUCUUUGAGACGCCAGCCGGCGUGGGUCACAAGAAACCAGCAAAAUUGGGGAAGCCAAAGGGAAAACUGGAGGAUUUGUUUGGGAUUCAGGAGGAGACGGAGGCCGACGUGCAGGGUCAGGGAACGGGUGCCAGGAAAGCCACCAUCACGCCGAGAAUUGUAAAGCAGAAGCCCUCUAUCUCACUGGAUGAUGAUCUCGUCGAGGAUGAUGACUUGGGCUUCGAUCCCAAGCGACCCAAGAGUGGCGGCGCCAAGAGGAGCCUCUUCGAUGAUCUGCUGACCAGCAACGCAGAACCCAAGAAGAACAUCUUCGAUGAUAUUCUGGCGGGAGACGCCGUCAAACGUCCGGCUACGAGCAAACCAUCAAUGUCCCGCCAAUCCACGGACACCACCACGGAUAACUCGCAGGCGAGGCCCAAAACUUCCACUGGUAGAAGAAGCUCGGCGCAAUCGGCCACUAUUAAUAUGAAUGCCGAUCCGUUGGGUCUGUUUGGGAGGGAUACAAAUGCUACUGUUUCGGGAAUGUCCACUCCCGUUUCCAGAAAACGGGGAACCACGGCGGAUUGGUUGGGUCUGGAGCAGGAGCCGGAGCCGGAGCCGGAUCAGCGAACCAUUACACCCAAGGCGCAGACCCCCAAGGCGCAGCCCUCAAGUGAAAGUCCCUCGAAGAAUACAGCUGACAUCCUGCGCCUUGCCGACUCCGAUGAGAACGAUGUGGAGCAGGAGGCAGAAAUGCCCGUCGUUCCCGCUCCAUCAUCCGUCGUCACUGCAGCUACUCAGAAUAUCCUCAUGCUGAGCAAUCUCAACCUGGAGAGCAACCAUAAAUUCAAUGCCUUGCAGCAGCAAGAGGCUCAGUUGGUGAUCGCCGCCCAAAUGAAGAACCAAGAGAGGACUCUAUUGGAGAUGCAGCGUCGCCAAGAAGAUCAGGAUCGAAAAUUCCAGGCAUUAAUCCAACAGCAACUGCAGCGACAGCAGCAAAUGGAGGAACACAUAAAAGGCCAGCAGGAGCGCAUCAAUAUGCACCUUCAGCUGAUGAUGUCGCAGCCUGUGCAUGUCCAGCAAGCGGUUACCGCACCAUCGGCCGUUGAGAAACCGGAAACGGAAACGAAGGAGCCCAGCAAGCCGGCCAGUCAGGAACAGGAGCACUUGCUGCUGCUCGAAAUAGAUGCCAAGCGCAAUCUGCUGGAGAAACAGCGACUCGAUGAGCUGGUGGCCAACAUGAAGGUCAACUAUGAGCAGGAGAUCGAAAUGAUCGAUACUUCAUAUAAAAAGCAAAUUAAGGUGCUGGAGGAGCACUUGUCCGUCGUAGAGAAACGACUCAAAGACGAGAACAGCGAGUUACGGCAGUACUACAUCGACAAACUGGAGAAGCAGAAGGAGGACUACGUGGAGCAGAUCUCUAACCUGCGACAGGAUCAUGAGGAUGAGGUGCGCAAGCUGCGUCAAUCCCACGAGCUGGACCUCGAGGGUAUUCGUCAGGCCAAGAUGGUGGAGUUGUCGGCGGUGCAGGAUCAUGGAAAUUAUCUGGAGACACUUCGUCUGGCCUCCAGCAAUCUUCAAGAACUUCGCGACGGAAUGAGUGACAACCAGGAAAAGGAACGGCAGUUGGAGGCGCGAGAACGUCGCCUGGCCGACCAGGAGAGGCGUUUAAAGAUGGACGAGGAGACGGCCGACGAGGAGAAGCGCCGCCUGAUGGAACUGGUGAGCACCUUGGAGCUGCAGCUGGGCCGUCUGUCAAAGGACUCCGCCGAGGAGAACUGGCAGCUCCGUCAGCGAAUGUCCAGUUUGGAAGCGGAGCGCAAGGCUUUCGAGCGCGAAAAGGAAUUCCACCGCGAGCAAAUGCAGCGGGAUGAGAAGCGUGUGGAGGAUCUUAAAUCCCUGCAGCUUGCGGAGAUGGAACGACUGCACCACGAUCUCCAGCAGGAGCGCAAUCAACUGGCAGUGGAACGCCAGCAGAUGGAACUAAAACAGCAGCUCAAUGAGCACGGCGAUCCAGACAGGGAUCGCCGCGAGCUGGAGGCCCAACUGCAGGUGGCCCGCGAAGCCAUUCGGCGGGCGGAUGAGGAGCGGGAUCGCUGCCACAAGCUGCAGCGCGAAAUAGAGCAGCGCAAGCGGCUUCUUCUGGACAAAGAGAACGCCCUGAAUCUCAAGGAGGACGAACUGGGCCAAGCCACCGGCGCCUAUCGCCUGGCCACCAGUCGCCAACACUUGGCCGAGCAGAAGGCUCGGGAGGCGGACCAGCUGCUCCAGGCCAAGCUCAAAAUAAUGGCCAAGCGGGCCCAGGAAAUCGCCGAAAAGGAGGCCCAGCUGGCCCACGAACGAAUGCUAGUGGCGCAGGAUCGCAUUGCACUGGUCAAUCUGAAGAAGCAAAUUCUUCGCAGCAGAUGUGCCAUCUGCAAGAUGGGUGCGGAAUCGGCGGAAAUUGCCCAGCGAAGGGCAAAUGGAAAUACUGCAGCAGCCACCGAUCUUCAACUGCCCCAAAUGACGCCCAGUCAUGCGGAACUCCUCCUUAAAAUGUCCCAGGAACCGGGACAGGUCCAGAGUGACAUUGUGGACCGCAUGCUGGACGAGAACAUCGAAGCCUCCUACCGCAGGAUGUACAAUGCGCCGCCCAGUAGUUCCCUCGACGAUCCAGACUACGGAGCUGGUGGGCUGGACGACGACUCCAAGGUGGCCAUGGAUCACGGCAGGAACCUGGAUCUGGAUGAAGCAUUUUUGGCGAACUAUAAAUAACAAUUUUCUAUAGCACAAUGAAUGGACUUUUGCAAUA